CAGUCGCAACGCAAUUCGCGACCGCAGUCCUACGUCCCUCUGCGAUCCCAGCCGAUAUACUUCUUGUUGAGAGGCUCGAUUGGGUUCAAUCUUGACCCUUCAUAUGUGAAGCUGUCUUCUCGAGCUUCUCGCCAGCCCAGCUCGCUUCCGUUCAACCACAAUCAUCCGCCACCCUGCAACAAUGGCGUAUCCAAACCCGAGCAGCGCGCCUAUGCCGUCGUCUUUUGACGAGAAUGCAGAUUUCUACAAUGAGAACGGCUUGCAGAAGAUAUGGCGCCGCCUCCGGGAGGAACCCCUCAUACCACUUGGUUGCGGUCUCACCGUAUGGGCCGUUGUUGGCGCGACUCGCUCGAUGCGCAAGGGCGACCAUAAGAUGACGAAUCUGUACUUCCGGCGACGUCUGUAUGCGCAGGCCUUCACAAUCGCCUGUUUGGUUGCAGGAAACCUGUAUUGGCAGAAGGAUCGCAUGAAGAGGAAGGAGUACGAGAAGGCCGUUGAGGAGAAGCAGAGACUUGAGAGGCGAGAACGGUGGCUGAAGGAGCUGGAGAUACGAGACGAGGAAGAGAAAGCAUGGAAGGAGAAGAUGUCGAAGAGAAUGAAGAAUCGGGAGAAGGGUGAAGAUAGUGCGGGGAAGGGUGUGACCGACUUGGUGGCGGAGAAGACACAAGAGUUGAAGGAGAAGGUGACGGGUGACAGAUAAAGGUAUGUAUCUCAUCCUGUCCGGUAUUCCUUCCCUCAAGGAUUGCGAUAUGUCUGUGGCUUGUCCCUUUCUACCAGAAUCAUUCAAUUGUACAUAUAUUGUAGGAUCCCUAAGGUUACAAGGUCCUCCGGCACGAUAAUGAGGAGUUUAGGUGUUCAAUCGUAUUCACGCCUUCUUGAAGCCGUUUUCUGACCCAUCUCCAAUCCUAU